GGGACGGGACGGGACGGGCCGGGCCGGGGUGGGAUGACGUGGCUGUGGUCGCUGCUGCUGCUGGGGCUCUCCCUGGGCAAAGGGGCGUGGGGCAAGCCCCCCCCCGACGCCGGGGCCCCUCAUUCCAGCCGGGUGCACCAGCAGGCCCCGCUGAGCGAAGCCAAGCACGACGAUGCCCACGGGGACUUCCAGUUUGACCACGAGGCCUUCCUGGGCCGCGAGGCAGCUCGGGAGUUUGACCAGCUCAGCCCGGCGGAGAGCAAAGCUCGGCUGGGGCGGAUCGUGGACCGGAUGGACCGAGACGGCGACGGCGACGGCUGGGUGUCCCUGGACGAACUGCGGGCCUGGAUCGCCCACACGCAGCAGCGCCACAUCCGAGACUCGGUCGCCUCGGCCUGGGACACCUACGACACCGACCGGGACGGCCGUGUGGGCUGGGGGGAGCUGCGCAACAUCACCUACGGCCACUACCAGCCCGGAGAGGAGUUCUCUGACGUGGAGGACGCAGACACCUACAAGAAGCUCCUGGCCCGGGAUGAGCGGCGAUUCCGGGCGGCCGACCAAGAUGGCGACUUGCAGGCCACCAGGGAGGAGUUCACGGCCUUCCUGCACCCGGAGGAGUUCCCCCACAUGCGAGACAUCGUCAUUGCUGAGACCCUGGAGGAUUUAGACAGAAAUGGAGACGGUUACGUGCAAGUGGACGAAUACAUAGCGGACCUGUACUCCCCGGAGCCGGACGGAGGCGAGGAGCCCGCCUGGGUGCGGACGGAACGGCAGCAGUUCCGAGACUUUCGGGACCUGAAUGGGGACGGGCACUUGGACGGGAGUGAGGUGGGCCACUGGGUGCUGCCCCCGGCCCAGGACCAGCCGCUGGUGGAAGCCAAUCACCUGCUGCAGGAGAGCGACACCGACAAGGACGGACGCCUGAGCAAGCAGGAGAUCCUGGGCAACUGGAACAUGUUUGUGGGCAGCCAGGCCACCAACUACGGCGAGGACCUGACCCGGCACCACGACGAGCUCUGAGCCCCUGCCGCCCUGGCUGCCCGGCCCCAAGCCCAGGGGCGACCCCGGCCCCCCAGAGCCAAGCCCCUCCCAGCAGCACUUGGGAACCGCUGCUACAAAAUGUCGUUUUCAAUCCCGUGCUCUCGCCCUGCCUCCGCCCUCUCCCACCCAACGAGAAGGCAUGAGUGCCCAUCACCCAUGAGCAUUUGGGCACCGUGUGCCAGCCCCUGGCUAGGCAAUGGAGACCCGAAGGGGAAACGAAAAGCUCGGGCUCUGGCCCUGGGACCCCUGGGCCUGCCCGCCCCGUUCCUGGCCCCCGAAGCCCAGAUUCCUGGGAGAGAACCCAGGGCCCGGAGGUCCUGACUGGAGGCUCUGAGCAUCUUCUGCGGAUCCCAGACGCUCUCCCUCUCUGGAGGACAUGCGGGGGGAGGGGCAGUUUUUCCAAGUCACCACCCCGAGCCCUGCAGGCCUGGCAUUAGCACGGGCACCGGGGCCCAGGUGCCAGCGGGCCGAACAUCGGAGCCCUAUCCCUGCAGGAAGGCCCCACUGGCCUUCUCCCCUCCCUGCCCCUGCCUGGACGCGGACGGAUGGGGGAAGGAGGGGCUGCAAUAAAAGCUGAGGCCUUAA